AACAAAUACAAUGGCUUUACACAUGUCCAACUCACAGCCUGUAAAAUGUAAAUCCAAUUCCCUUUGCUUAAUCUCCUCCAUACGUCUCCUUAGCAGCUCCGAUUCAGCAGCCCCGCUUGUUCAUUUCACCUCUCUAAUCUACCCAAUUGUGUUAUGGCUUCUCACGCGCGCGCGCGCACGCACAUUCAUCGUCAGCGCCGCCCCUUGUGAUGGUUCGAUGAUCAGUCGAGGACGAUCGAGUGGUGCGGCGGAGCUUUUCCCGUAAUAAUUGAUUGAUGGCGGCUAAUAAAAAGGCACUCGAGGGCUUAUCGAAAGGGCUGAUGGAGGAAGUCCGACGAUGGGGUUCCAUGAAGCAAACCGGCGUUAGCCUCCGGUACAUGAUGGAGUUCGGGUCCCAACCUACGCCCCGGAAUCUCCUCAUUUCUGCUCAGAUUCUCCAUAAGGAGCUCCUUAUUCGAAUCGCCCAUCGGGCUAUUGAGCUCGACUCCCUUCCCCAUGGCUUGUCUCAUAAACCCGCUGUUGUGAAGGUAAGAGAUUGGUAUUUGGAUUCUUUCCAAGAUCUCAGGUCCUUCCGAGAUAUUAAGGAUAACAAUGAUGAGGUGGACUUUACGCAAAUGAUUAAGAUGAUUAAAGUUAGGCACAACAAUGUGGUCCCUAUGAUGGCUUUGGGAGUGCAGCAGUUUAAGAAAGAUCUGAAUCCUAAAAUCAAUUACAUGGAUCUGGAUGAAAUUCAUCAGUUUUUGGAUCGGUUUUAUAUGUCUAGAAUUGGGAUUCGCAUGCUCAUCGGACAGCAUGUGGCAUUGCACGACCCAAAUCCUCUUCCCGAUUGUGUUGGAUGCAUACAUACAAAAAUGUCCCCUGUAGACGUUGCGAGAAGUGCUAGCGAGGAUGCACGUUUUAUUUGUCUCAGAGAGUAUGGUAGUGCACCAGAAGUUCAUAUCUAUGGAGACCCUAAUUUUACAUUUCCUUAUGUUCCAACACACUUGCAUUUGAUGGUGUUUGAGUUGGUUAAGAAUUCACUGCGUGCUGUUCAAGAACGAUUUGUGGACUCGGACAACGUUUCACCUCCUGUUCGAAUAAUAGUUGCUGAUGGCUUGGAGGACGUAACAAUUAAGGCAAGGCUUCAAAAUUUGAACUGUGACUUGUGUGACAAAAAAUAUGAAAAGUGUCAUAUUUCUGAUGAAGGGGGCGGCAUACCGAGAAGUGAUAUUCCGAAAAUAUUUACAUAUCUCUACAGUACUGCAAAAAACCCUCUCGAUGAGCAGUCAAGUACUGACCUUGAAACACCAACAACCAUGGUACCAACAACCAUGGCUGGAUAUGGUUGUGGUCUUCCCAUAAGCCGUUUGUAUGCUAAGUAUUUUGGAGGGGAUCUGCAAAUUAUCUCCAUGGAAUGUUAUGAUUAGGAACAGAUGCUUACCUUCACUUGUCUCGACUGGGUGAUUCGCAAGAACCUCUCCCUUGAGUGCUGAUGAGGCUUGAAAAAACCCAUUUGUUCCUGCUUCUGUAAAUUCUUUGUGGUAGACAAGUAUUUGAAUGGAACAUGUUGGCACACUGUCAUUUUAUGAGGCACCUAUUUUUGGCUUGUUUUGGAAUGUUUCAUGUAUAACAAGAGUCACACAGGUGAAGGAAAGGUAGGCUCUUUGGAUAGCUCAUUCGUAGAAUUGUUGUGAAUAAUGAUGUUUGUUAUUGGCAUAUUAAUGGCCAAAGAGUUGGCCAUAAAGCACUUGGAAGAACACAACUUCACUUCACACAAAAGAAUUGCAUUAUCAUCUGGUGGCAGUACAGUAGUAAUUUAAAUUAUGACAAAGGAACAAAGUUGAGCAGUAGGAAUUGGACUUUCAUGCUAAUCGACCUAUGCGGAUACGUCGACAGAUCAGUCAACAAGACAUAGGAAAUUUUGUACAAUCCCAGAAGGGUUCAUAUGUACGCGCAUUAAUGAUAGAUUUUGAUUGCAAGCUUUGCCCUUUAAAUGUCAUUGUAGACGAAUGGCAUUGAGAGGGUCUCAUCACUAUCAAUCUUCUGAAGCACUUUGCAAUGUAGUAAAACUUGAAGCAG